AAUACCUGCCGUUGGCUGUGUCACUGGCUGCCCGGGGUGGGGAUUCCUAGAGAGUGGGUACCCUCAGGUGGCUUUCCUCCUUCCCCUGCUAGGGGGAUGAGCCGCAGGGUCUCCCCAUGGCCACAGGUGCAGUCCCCAUGCUGUGGGUGUGGGCACACCGCGCCUGCCCCGGCCCAGAGCAGUCUGGGCCCUCUCUAGUGGGUCGUGACUGAGCAAAAACCAUGUUUUCGUCUCUCUUUCUCAGAGGAACGUUGGGUCCUCACAGUUCAAGACUAUUGAAGAUGACCUGGUAUCUGCCCUGGUCCGGUCGGGCUGUAUUCCUGAGAACCACGGCGAGGACAUGAGGAAGAUGUCGUUCCAGCGGUGUGCCCGCACAGACAAGGGUGUGUCUGCGGCUGGGCAGGUUGUAUCCCUGAAGGUGUGGCUGAUUGAUGACAUUCUAGAAAAGAUCAACAGCCACCUUCCGUCACACAUUCGGAUACUGGGCCUAAAACGUGUCACCGGCGGCUUCAACUCCAAGAACAGGUGCGAUGCCAGGACCUAUGUUUACAUGCUGCCCACAUUUGCCUUCGCCCACAAGGACCACGACGCACAGGAUGAGACGUACCGUCUGAGCGCUGACACGCUGCAGCGGGUGAACCGGCUGCUGGCCUGCUACAAGGGCACCCACAACUUCCACAACUUCACCUCGCAGAAGGGGCCCCGGGAGCCCAGCGCCCAGCGCUACAUCCUGGACAUGUUCUGCGAGGAGCCUUUCGAGCGGGACGGCAUGGAGUUUGCUGUCAUCAAGGUGAAGGGGCAGAGCUUCAUGACGCACCAGAUCCGGAAGAUGGUGGGCCUGGUGGUGGCCAUCAUCAAGGGCUACGCACCCGAGGACGUGCUGGAGCGCAGCUGGGGGGAGGCCAAGGUGGACGUGCCCAAGGCGCCAGGGCUCGGCCUCGUCCUGGAGCGCGUGCACUUCGAGACAUACAACCGGCGCUUCGGCUGCGACGGGCUACAUGAGCCGCUGGACUGGGCGCGGGAGGAGGCGGAGGCUGCAGCCUUCAAGGAGCAGCACAUCUACCCCACGAUCAUCAGCACCGAGCGCCACGAGAGGUCUAUGGCCCAGUGGCUGAGCACCCUGCCCACACAUGACUUCAGUGCCACUGCCCUCGCAGCAGCCAGCCCCAAUGCCAAGGUCCCCAGCCCCCAGGAAGGCAGUGAAGGGGACGGAGACAGUGACUGAGGCGGGGCUGCCUGUGGACACAUGCACCAGGAGCUGCCACUGCUGCUGUCUGCUGCAUCCCUCGCCAAGACGGGAGCCGAGACGUAGUCUUAUAACCUCAGGACCCUGAGACCCGCAUCGUUCUCCGUUUUUCUCAUGAGAACCUGCCACAAACCUGUUUCAGCUCAGCGUGAACUCUGUACACCUGAGCCUGUAAAGACCCUAUUUUUUUAAAGAAAUGAUUUUCUUAUUAAAUACAAACUUUGCUGAGUUA